AUGACUACCAAGCUCACGACCAUCCUCAUCUUUUGCUUCACUCUGUUCAUCGCUCUGGUCUCCGCUGCACCAGUGCGACGCGAUGUGUGGGACCCCAGGAUCAUUACGCCCAACGCAGAGACCAUAUGGUUGACGGGCCAGACAUACAAUGUGACAUGGGAGACCGACGAUGCGCCAGUCAACAUCACCAACAAAAUCGGUCGCGUCGUGCUUGGCAAGGACGGCAUCCAGAACCAAGCUGUGCUUGCGAGCAACUUCUCUAUUACGCUCGGAAGCAUCGAGAUCACCGUCCCCGACGAUCUCGAGCCUGGCUUCGACUAUAACAUCGUUUUGUUUGGUGACUCGGGAAACAGUAGCCCCCAAUUCGCCAUUCUGUGA